AUGUUGGGCGGCGUGGGAGGCCGGCACAUGUCUACGCGCCGGCGGGGCAGCAGCCCUCUGGUGCGUGGAGGUGCGGGCCUCGCAGGGUAUGGCGGCCCGGCGGGUGUCUCUGGGAACGCGAACAACGAUGCCGCUGCUUUACCACCGGAUGUGCAACGCUACGCCGUCAGGAGGCGGAGGGCGGUUACCACCAGCGACCACAAGAGCUGCGCCCUCGUGCAGACCCGCAUCAAGCUCGGGGAUAUCAUGUUGGCAGCGCAAGAGGCGGCACAAAGGGACCCUGGAUACGCGAGUCAGUACAGGAGAAGGCCGAGGUUGGCCGGACUGAGUGGUCUCGGUGACUGGACUAGCUUUGGAGGGGAGGUACCUGGUCUGGUGGACAUGGCGCCAGGCCGGGAUCAGGGCGGAGGGGCGGGUGGCGGUGGGGGAGGCGGCAAGGGCACCACGUCGUUGUUUAUCCUUUCGGAGGAUAACUGCAUCCGGAAGCAUACCCGGUUCAUAAUCGAGUGGCCGCCCUUCGAGUACGCCGUCCUGCUCACCAUCAUCGCCAAUUGCGUGGUCCUCGCCCUCGAGGAGCACCUGCCCAAGCAGGACAAGACCAUACUCGCGCAGAAGCUCGAGGCCACCGAAAUCUACUUCCUCGGGAUCUUCUGCGUCGAGGCGAGCCUCAAGAUCCUCGCCCUUGGCUUCGUCCUCCACCGUGGCUCCUAUUUGCGCAACAUCUGGAACAUCAUGGAUUUCUUCGUCGUGGUGACCGGGUUCAUCACGGCGUUCUCGCAAGGCAUAGACUUGGAUAUGGAUCUGCGCACGUUGCGUGCGAUACGCGUGUUGCGACCGCUCAAACUUGUCUCCGGCAUACCGAGUCUCCAGGUGGUGCUCAAGUCUAUCAUCAAGGCGAUGGCCCCGCUUCUGCAGAUCGGCCUGCUGGUACUUUUCGCCAUCGUGAUAUUCGCCAUCAUCGGCCUCGAGUUUUAUUCGGGAACCCUGCACAAAACGUGUUACAGCAUCAGGGAUAUCCAUUUUAUCAUGAAGGAGGGCGAACAGGCGAGCCCGUGUAACACGGACAACAAAUCCGAGGCGCCGUUCGGGGCCCACGUGUGCGACGCGAACGUCUCGACGUGCAUGGAUCACUGGGAGGGACCAAAUUACGGCAUCACCAGCUUCGACAACAUCGGAUUCGCCAUGCUCACUGUCUUCCAGUGCAUCACUAUGGAGGGCUGGACUGCCAUAUUGUACUGGACAAACGACGCUCUUGGCAGCACGUACAACUGGAUUUACUUUAUACCAUUGAUCGUCCUCGGCUCAUUCUUCAUGCUGAACUUAGUUCUCGGUGUUCUGAGCGGAGAGUUUGCGAAGGAGAGAGAGAAGGUGGAGAACCGGCAGUCCUUCCUGAAGUUGCGAAGACAGCAGCAGCUCGAGCGUGAACUGAACUGUUACCUGAAUUGGAUCUGCAAAGCAGAGGAGGUAAUACUCGCGGAAGAGAGGACCACGGAAGAGGAGAAGCUGCACAUAUUAGAAGGGAGAAAACGAGCCGCGGCGAAGAAGAAGAGAAUGAAGAACCUCGGCAAGAGCAGAAGCACGGACACGGAGGAGGAGGAAGGCGACGACGACCAGGACGACGGGUACUCGAGAUCUUCCUACAUCAAGUCGAGGGUGAAAGACAAAGGGACCUGCGUGCAAUUCUGGCGGGCGGAGAAGAGGUUCAGGUUCUGGAUCCGGAACUCCGUGAAGUCGCAAAAGUUCUACUGGUUCGUGAUCGUCCUCGUGUUCUUCAACACCGUGUGCGUGGCCGUCGAGCAUUACGGUCAGCCCUCGUGGCUCACCGAAUUCCUCUACUUCGCGGAGUUCGUGUUCCUGGCCCUGUUCAUGAUGGAGAUGUUCAUAAAGGUGUACGCGCUCGGCCCCCGCACAUACUUCGAGUCGAGCUUCAACCGUUUCGACUGCGUGGUCAUCUCGGGAUCGAUCUUCGAAGUGAUCUGGUCCGCGUUGAAGUCCGGCUCUUUCGGCCUCUCCGUCCUACGCGCCCUUAGACUCCUGCGAAUUUUUAAGGUCACCAAAUACUGGAAGAGCCUCAGGAACCUCGUAAUAUCGCUGCUCAGCUCGAUGCGUAGCAUCAUCUCCCUGCUCUUCCUGCUCUUCCUCUUCAUUCUCAUAUUCGCGCUGCUCGGCAUGCAGCUGUUCGGCGGCCAGUUCAAUUUCGAGUCCGGCACGCCGGCCACCAACUUCAACACCUUUCCCAUCGCGCUGCUCACUGUCUUCCAAAUCCUGACCGGAGAAGAUUGGAACGAAGUGAUGUACCAGGGUAUCGAGUCGCAAGGCGGUCACAGGAGGGGCAUGGUAUACUCGCUCUACUUCAUCGUGCUGGUGCUCUUCGGCAACUACACGCUGCUGAACGUGUUCUUGGCUAUCGCCGUGGACAACCUGGCGAACGCACAGGAGCUGAGCGCCGCCGAGGACGAGGAGAAGGUCGAGGACAAGGAGAAGCAGGCGCAGGAACUCGAGAAGGAGAUCGAGUCUCUGCAGAAGCCGAAGGAUGGUAGCCCGCCAAAGGUGGCAGUCUGCCCUCCGAGUCCUACCCAAAACUUCAAAGACGGAAAAGGUGGGAAGCAGUCGUCCGAAGAGAAAAAGCAGGAUGAAGACGAUGACACGGGACCAAAACCAAUGCUGCCAUACUCCUCCAUGUUUAUACUGUCCCCUACGAAUCCCGUAAGAAGAGCCGCCCAUUGGGUCGUCAACCUGAGGUACUUCGACUUCUUCAUAAUGGUGGUGAUAUGUUUGUCGAGUAUCGCGUUGGCCGCCGAGGACCCGGUGUGGGAGGACUCGCCGAGGAACGAGGUUCUGAACUACUUCGAUUACGCGUUCACCGGUGUCUUCACCGUCGAGAUGAUCCUGAAGAUCAUCGAUCUCGGGAUCAUCCUGCACCCGGGCUCGUAUCUCCGCGAGUUCUGGAACAUAAUGGACGCGGUGGUGGUGAUAUGCGCCGCGGUGUCGUUCGCGUUCGACAUGACCGGCAGCUCGGCCGGACAGAACCUCUCGACGAUCAAGUCGCUGAGGGUGCUGCGAGUGCUCAGACCGUUGAAGACGAUCAAACGAGUGCCGAAGCUGAAAGCGGUGUUCGACUGCGUGGUGAACAGUCUGAAGAACGUCAUUAACAUUCUCAUAGUGUACAUAUUGUUCCAAUUCAUUUUCGCUGUGAUCGCGGUGCAGCUGUUCAACGGGAAGUUCUUCUACUGUACCGACGAGAGCAAGUAUACGGAACAGGAUUGCCAGGGUCAAUAUUUCGUUUUCGAUGAGGGCGCCAUGCUGCCGGAGCCGAAGAAGCGGGAAUGGCUGUCCCAGUGUUUUCACUACGACAACGUGAUGGCGGCCAUGCUGACGCUAUUCGCGGUGCAGACCGGCGAGGGCUGGCCGCAGAUUCUGCAGAACUCGAUGGCGGCCACGUACGAGGACAAGGGCCCCAUCCAGAACUUUCGUAUAGAAAUGUCCAUUUUCUACAUCGUCUACUUCAUCGUCUUUCCAUUCUUCUUCGUCAACAUCUUCGUGGCCUUGAUCAUCAUCACUUUCCAGGAGCAGGGAGAGGCCGAACUGCAAGACGGCGAAAUCGAUAAGAAUCAGAAAUCUUGCAUAGACUUCACGAUACAGGCACGCCCGCUGGAAAGGUACAUGCCGAAAGAGCGUAACAGCGUAAAGUACAAAAUCUGGAGGAUAGUGGUAUCGACGCCGUUCGAAUAUUUUAUCAUGGGUCUCAUCGUAUUAAACACGUUACUGCUCAUGAUGAAGUUCCAUCGGCAAAGCGACGUGUACAAGAACACGCUGAAGUACAUGAACAUGUGCUUCACGGGGAUGUUCACCGUCGAGUGCAUACUGAAGAUCGCCGCUUUCGGCGUGAGGAACUUCUUCAAAGACGCCUGGAACAUUUUCGACUUCAUCACGGUGAUCGGCAGCAUCGUGGACGCCCUCGUGAUCGAGUUCGGGGAGCGGUUUUCGAGUAUGCCCAGUGGCGGUCAACUAGGCGAAAAAAAGGAGAACUUCAUCAACGUCGGCUUCCUGAGGCUGUUCCGCGCCGCCAGGCUGAUCAAACUACUCAGGCAGGGUUACACGAUACGAAUUUUACUCUGGACCUUUGUACAAUCCUUCAAAGCUCUGCCUUACGUUUGUCUCCUCAUAGCGAUGCUGUUCUUCAUUUACGCGAUCAUCGGUAUGCAGGUAUUCGGUAACAUCGCGCUGGACCCCGAGACUUCUAUAACCAAGCACAACAAUUUCCAAAGCUUCAUUCAAGGUCUGAUGUUGCUUUUUCGGUGCGCGACCGGCGAGGCUUGGCCGAACAUCAUGCUGUCCUGCAUAAAGGGCCGGCCGUGCGACGUGAAGGCCGGCAAGCAGGAGCCGGGCGGCUGCGGCUCGAACAUCGCGUACGCGUACUUCGUCUCUUUCAUAUUCUUCUGCUCGUUCCUGAUGCUGAACCUGUUCGUCGCCGUCAUCAUGGACAACUUCGACUACCUGACCAGGGACUCGUCGAUCCUCGGCGCCCACCACCUCGACGAGUUCGUCAGGAUCUGGGCGGAGUACGACCCGAACGCGACCGGCAAGAUCCAUUACACCGAGAUGUACGACAUGCUGAAGAACAUGGACCCGCCGUUGGGGUUUGGCAACAAGUGCCCGAACCGGUUAGCAUACAAGAAGCUGAUCAGAAUGAACAUGCCGGUCGACGUCGACGGGAAAGUGAACUUCACCACCACGCUGUUCGCCCUGAUCCGCGAGAAUCUCAGCAUCAAGAUGAGACGCGCCGACGAGAUGAACCAAGCGAACGAGGAGCUGAGGGACACGAUCAGAAGCAUCUGGCCACUGCAGGCGAAAAAGAUAUUGGACCUUUUGAUACCUAGGAACGAAGAGUUAAACAAAGACAAGCUGACCGUUGGUAAGAUAUACGUCUGCCUUCUGAUACUCGAAAGUUGGAGGACGACCAGGUUUGGUCAGAUAGAGUCGACCGGACAGAACGAUAACGAUCUUAUCGAUAACGAUAAUGCUGGGCAAAGUCCUGCAGCCCAGGCGCAAUCGGCCUUCCUCAACUGCAUACUGGACGUGACGGCGGUGAAUCACACCGGAAAUAGUCACGGGACCGGGAGUAGGGCGAACAGCCUCGAGCCGGUGGUACGGCCGACCCCGGAUAGGAAGAUAGACCAGCGCAAGGAGCUCCGAGAGGAAGACGAUGGGACCCUCGGGGUCCAUGCAGCCGUCGAGCACAGAAAUAAAAAGGUGAACUGGAAGAUGUCCCACCAGUACGAUAUACUAGGCAGCAGCGGAGAGAGUAGCCAGGGAGGGGGUGGGUCUGGGGUUGUACCCGUAGUUAAUGACGAGGAUCGCGCCCCCGAGCUAGAGCCAUUGCUGGCUGAGGUGCCCUCCCAGCAGGAUCAAAACUACUACUACCACCAUCACCAUCACGACCAAUACUACGAUACCGACAAAGAUCUAUACUAUGACCAUCACCACCACCACCACCAUCACCAUCACCAUCACCAUCAUCAUCAUGCUCACCGACCACCCUCGUAUUAUCAACACCAGAAUACCUACGCACCUCGCUCCUCGAUCCGUUACCACAAGGUCUCUUGGCUCGAUUCAAUUAACAAACAAAAACACCCCUAUCUUUCCGCGAGACGACUCGAUAGAUCGACCGAAGCUACUAACACCCUCCGCGGCUAGAUCGAACGAGCCCGCGUCGUAGAAGGAAAACCGCGUUUUGCGGACGUCUCCUCCAGUCCGAGCAACGGAGCGCGCCGAUUCGCGGGAGCGACGCUCGCGUCUCUUAGAAUCUGUAUGCGCCGACACACGCUUUCCUUAGAUCGUAGACCGGUCGGCCGAUUUAGAGAUCGGCGCCGACGUAAACGCGGAACGGAGGCCGCGGGGCUUAGCUCGCCGAGGACCAACACCAACUUAGAUUUAGCCUGCGACACACCAGCGAAUUCUCCUCGGUAGACGGUGUUUUCUUUUCGUACACCAGUCUUAGAUCAUUCGGUUGCUCUGCGUUUGUCUUUCCACGAUACUAGAUCAUUAGGGUAGAUACUCUAGAUGAAUAGAUCCGCGUUCGAGUCAAUCAGAAUCGCGCGCGUACGAGAAUCAAGAUCGUCUCGCGUUGUCUGCCUCUCAUUCGUUCUGGUGAUACAUUAAAAAAAGCUCGCGAUUCGUAUUAUCAUUCCAUUAUCAAUCACGUUUCCCGGGAACAACCGAGCCGAUCUUGACCGGUAAAUGUUAGAGCGUAGAUCCGGGUUCGAGUCAAUCAGAAUCGCGAACGAGAAUCAAGAUCGCCUCGCGUUGUCUAUCUCUCAUUCGUUCUGGUGAUACAUUAAAAAAGCUCGCGAUUCGUAUUAUCAUUCCAUUAUCAAUCACGUUUCCCCGGGAACAACCGAGCCGAUCUUGACCGGUAAAUGUUAGAGCGUGUAUCUCUCUGUAAAUACGACCGAUUAGAAACCGAGCGCGUCUAGCGAGAGCCACCUAGAUGAACCCACCACCACCACCACCCUCAUUACCUCCAUUACCGAGUGAUUCUACUCCGUUUUAGUAUUGUUCGAGGUCGGUAUUAGAGUAACCCCACCCUUGUCCCUAGCUGCUUUCACAGGCCUUGAGAAAUUCUACUCUCGAGAGGAACGAAGCACUCAGGAACCUCAGCCGUGGUCGCGAGUGCCUCGUUCUCCGUUUCGUUGUUUGUCGUAAUAUUUUCAUGUAUGCCCGCAUAUACGUAAACAUAUACGUAUAUAUACAUAUAUACAUAUACACUGUCUAUAUGCUAUAUAUAUGUAUAUAUAUUUAUAGAAUCCCCGGUAAGUAAUCGACACCUCUGGAACCGUGUCACGACUCAAAAAGGUAGUGGAACCCAAGCCGCACUUUCUUCUCUGUUCUCGUAAACAAUUCUCUCUUUGCCGAGACUUCUCACAACACACCUCUCUCCACCCCUGUGCGACGAGACUCGCUCGGCCGGAGCAUGUGCAUGCCCGAGAGGAUUAUUUUUUUCAACUGCAUGCCUGUACACGCGCGCACAUGUGCUUGUAUACCGUCUUAUACUCUGCUCCAGUUUCGCUGAUUGUUAUCUUCUCAUUUACAUCUGCUCGCGAUUCUGUCGCUCGUCGAUAUCGACAGGAGAUAUGCAAAAAUCUCUAGCCACGGCGACCCUCUGCGCUCGGGUCUCCGGAAUCUCCGUUGCCGAUCGAUUGCUCUCUCGAAAAUAUAGUCGAUCCCUCGCUGGCAAGUGUUCCCGAGGGCGGAAGCUCGGACGCGGAGGUUCGUCGUGGGUUUCGGAGGCAAAAGGCGUCUCGCGAGUCGAGGAAGAUAAAGAUUUGUGUGCGCGAGGCGGGAAUCGUUAGUAACGAAGGCAAAGAACCGGCUCUCAACACCCCGACUCUCCUCUUAUACUCCUUGAUCAGACGUCGCCCGGCGAGUACGGUCCCCUAACCGACGAGUCUG